AUGAGUCUGGACAUCAGGAUCCCAGUGCUGGCAGGGACCAUUUCUAAACCUACACUCAGGGCAGUGCCAAGUAAUGUGAUGGCUGCUGGGGAGCAAUUGACAUUUUUGUGUGAAGUACCCUUGGUGGCCAAGGAGUAUCGUCUCUACAAAGAAGGAAGUCAAGAAUAUCUGAUACCAACAGCCAUUCUAGAAACUGAGAAAAAGGCCACGUUCUCUAUCUCAUAUGUUCAAUGGUACAAUGCAGGGAAAUAUUGGUGUAACUAUACAAGCACCAAGGGCACAACAGAAUCCACUGAUAUCCUGGAGCUGGUGGUGACAGGAUUUCACCCCAACAGCAUCAUUCUGGCAGCCAUUCCCAGACCUGUGGUAUCUUCAGAAGGGAAUGUGACCCUUCAUUGUGAGUCCCAAGAGCCAUUUAACACAUUCAUUCUAAUGAAGGAUGACAAGAAUUUCUCUAGUUCUGUUAGCUCGCAGAAUAUGUCCUCUAGACUAUUUGGAGCCGUGUUCACAGUGGGUCCUGUGACUGCCAACCAGAGGUGGAGGUUCACAUGCUAUGGUCAUCAUGCAAGCAGCCCCCAGCUGUGGUCAGUGCCCAGUAACCACCUAGAGCUCCUGGUCUCAGGGACACUGAAAAAACCUUACUUAUGGGCAGAGCCACGUUCUGUGAUUGUUUCAGGGAAAGCUGUGACAAUCUUGUGUGAGGGGACCAAGAACACCCAACUAUAUUUCCUCUACAAAGAAGGAAGCCCAGCACCUUUGGAUAGUCAAACUCCACAAGGUCCCAGUAAAAAGGCCAUAUUUUCCAUAGCAUCCAUGGAAAGACAUCAUGCAGGGAAAUACAGGUGUUACUCUUAUGGAUCUGCAGGGUGGACAAAGCAUAGUGACCCACUAGAACUGGUGGUGACAGGAAUUUACUCCAGCAAACUCACCCUGUCAGCCCUACCCAGUCUUGUGGUGACCCCAGCAUGGAAUGUCACUCUUCAGUGUAGGUCACAACAGGCAUAUGACAGAUUCAUUCUAAUGAAGGAUGAUCAGAUUUUCUCCAGUGCUGCGUCCUUAAAGAACAUACACCAUGGGCUCUCAGGAGCCCGAUUCAGAGUGGGUCCUGGGACCCCUAACCAGAGGUGGAUGUUCACAUGCUAUGGACAUUACCUGAGUAACUCCCAGGUGUGGUCAGUGAGCAGUAAUGACCUACAGCUCCUGGUCUCAGGGAACCUUCAGAAACCCAGCAUGUGGGCUCAACCAGGCUCGGUGGUCUCUUCAGGGAGUUCUGUGACUAUCUGGUGUGCGGGUCCCAUACAAGCCCUUACAUAUGUGAUUCAUAAAGAGGGAAGCCCAGAAGCCAGCCACAUAGAGACCCAAGUAGACCAUAAUAACAAUGCAAAAUUCUCUAUCCCAUCUGUGUCCAGUCUGAAUGCAGGGAGAUAUAACUGUUACUCUUACAGCUCUGCUGGGUGGACAGAGCACAGUGACAUACUGGAACUGGUGGUGACAGGUGUCCAUGAUGGCAAACCUACUCUGUCAGCUUUGCCCAGCCCUGUGGUGACCUCAGGUGUGAAUGUGACCCUUCAGUGUAUGUCUUCCAAAGAAUACGAUGGGUUCAUUUUGACUGGAGCAGAUCUGAAGUUCCCCAGGUCACAAAAGGCACAGUUCACAAAUCAAACAAAGUUCUAUGCUCUGUUUCCUGAGAUCUCUGUGACAUACAGCAAGAAUGGGCCCUUCAGAUGUUAUGGAUACUAUACAAAUUCCCAAUAUGUGUGGUCAGAGGCCAGUAACCCUCUGGAGAUCCAUGUCUCAGACUCAGAGCCCCAGGAUCACACAGUGGAGAACCUCAUUCGAAUGGGCAUAUCUGGCUUGAUCCUCACAGUUCUCGCAAUUUUGCUCUUUUAUGACUGCCGCAGUAACUCUCUUACAGGAAUGAGUCUGGACAUCAGGAUCCCAGUGCUGGCAGGAACCAUUUCUAAAUCUACACUCAGGGCAGUUCCAAGUAAUGUGGUGGCUGCUGGGGAGCAGGUAACAUUUUUGUGUGAAGUACCUUUGGCGGCCAAGGAAUAUGGUCUCUACAAAGAAGGAAGUCAAGAUUACCUGAUACCAACAGACAUUCUAGAAACUGAGAAAAAGGCCACCUUCUCUAUCUCAUCUGUUCAAUGGUACAAUGCAGGUCAAUAUUGGUGUAAAUAUAAUAGCACCAAGGGCACAACAAAAUCCACUGACAUCCUGGAGCUGGUGGUGACAGGAGUCUAUGACAAGCCCACCCUGUUCACCCAGCAGAAACCUGUUGUAAACUUAAGAAUGUCUGUGAUCCUCACUGGAAUUUACUCCAGCAAACUCACCCUGUCAGCCCUACCCAGUCCUUUGUUGACCCCAGGACGGAAUAUCACUCUUCAGUGUGGGUCACAACAGGCAUAUGACAGAUUUAUUCUACUGAAGGAAGAUCAGAAGUUCUCCAGUGCUGUGUCCUCACAGAACAUUCACGAUGGUCUCUCAGGAGCCCAUUUCAGAGUGGGUCCUGUGACUCAUAACCAGAGUUGGAGGUUCACCUGCUAUGGAUAUUACCUGAAUAACUCCCAGGUGUGGUCAGUGAGCAGUAAUGACCUACAGCUACUGGUCUCAGGUAACUCUCUUGCAGGAAUGAGUCUGGACAUCAGGAUCCCAGUGCUGGCAGGGACCAUUUCUAAACCUACACUCAGGGCAGUGCCAAGUAAUGUGGUGGCUGCUGGGGAGCAGGUGACAUUUUUCUGUGAAGUACCAUUGGCGGCCAAGGAGUAUCAUCUCUGCAAAGAAGGAAGUCAAGAUUACCUCAUACCAACAGCCAUUCUUAAAACUGAGAAAAAGGCCAUGUUCUCUAUCUCAUCUGUUCAAUGGUACAAUGCAGGUCAAUAUUGGUGUAACUAUACAAGCACCAAGGGCACCAGAAAAUCCACUGACAUCCUGGAGCUGGUGGUGACAGGGAUACUGAAAAAACCUACUUUAUGGGCGGAGCCACGUUCUGUGAUUGUUUCAGGGAAAGCUGUGACAAUCUUGUGUGAGGGGACCAAGAACAACCAACUAUAUUUCCUCUACAAAGAAGGAAGCCCAGCACCUUUGGAUAGUCAAACUCUACAAGGUCCCAGUAAAAAGGCCACGUUCUCCAUAGCAUCCAUGGAAAGACAUCAUGCAGGGAAAUACUUGUGUUACUCUUAUGGAUCUUCAGGGUGGUCAAAGCAUAGUGACCCACUAGAACUGGUGGUGACAGGAGUUUACUCCAGCAAACUCACCCUGUCAGCCUUUCCCAGUCCUGUGGUGACCCCAGGACGGAAUGUUACUCUUCAGUGUGGGUCACAACGGGCAUAUGACAAAUUCAUUCUGAUUAAUGAAGAUCAGAAUAUCUCCAGUGCUGUGUCCUCACUGAAUGUACACCGUAGGCUCUUAGGAGCUCAUUUCAAUGUGGGUCCUGUGACCCCUAACCUGAGGUGGAGGUUCACCUGCUAUGGAUAUUACCUGAAUAACUCCCAGGUGUGGUCAGUGAGCAGUAAUGUCCUACGGCUCCCAGUCUCAGGAAGUUCUGUUACCAUCUGGUGUGGGGGUCCACUACAAGCCCUUACAUAUGUGAUCCAUAAAGAGGGAAGCCCAGAAGCCAGACACAUAGAGACCCAAGUAGACCACAAUAACAAGGCAAAAUUCUCUAUCCCAUCUGUGUCUAGCCUGAAUGCAGGGAGAUAUAACUGUUACUCUUACAGCUCUGAUGGCUGGACAGAGCACAGUAACAUACUGGAAUUGGUGGUGACAGGUGUCCAUGAUGGCAAACCUACUCUGUCAGCUUUGCCCAGCCCUGUGGUGACAUCAGGUGGGAAUUUGAGCCUUCAGUGUAAUUCAUCCAAAGGAUACAAUGGGUUCAUUUUGACUGGGGCAGAUCUGAAGUUCCCCAGGUCCCAAAAGGCACAGUUCAUAAACAAAGGAAUGUCCAAGGCUCUGUUUCCUAUGAUCUUUGUGACAUACAGCAAGAAUGGGCCCUUCAGAUGUUAUGGAUACUAUACAAAAACCCCAUAUGUGUGGUCAGAGGCCAGUAACCCCCUGGAGAUAUAUGUCUCAGGGUUGUCAAGAAAGCCCUACCUGGUGACCCAACAAGGAACCGUCCUGGCCCCUGGAAAGAACUUAACCCUCAAGUGUUUCUCUGAGACAAAUGAUGACAGAUUUGCUCUGUACAAGGAGGGGGAACAUGACCUCACACAGGUCUCUGCCUGUCAGUCUCAGGAUGGACAUUUUCAUGCUAAAUUCACAGUAGGCUAUGGGAAUUACUUCAUUGGUGGUCGCUAUAGAUGUCUUGGUGCACACAGCAACUCCUCCGAGUGGUCAGCCCCGAGUGACCCUCUGGACAUCCUGAUCACAG